CCUAUACUUAUUAUACUCUUUGUCGUAAUCAAUCCUAUGAUAUUAAUGGAAUCCUGAUAAAUAUUCUAAUGAAAAAUUAAAAUACACACGUUUUCUACAUUUUCUAAUGCUGAUUUUAUAGAUUUUCCUUUUCAGUGCAAAAUGAAAAUUUUUACUAUGCCUAGAGACGCUCGUCAUUCUUGGGUCUUGUUUGGCCGCCAUGUCUGAAGUUCGUUGUGUCUUCGGAGGUCGUGUUGUGCUUCUCUUUAAUGUUUAUAGAUUUCAGUGAAUUUAGUUAUUAUAAGACGAUGAAUUUAUACAAAUAUUAAAGAACUAUGAUUUAGUUUAUUGUGUGGAGUGACUGUUACACUGGACCAAAUCGAUACAUUUUACGUUUGAAGAAGUUACUCUAACAUCGUAUUUUUAGUUCAUCCGCCAUAUUGGCGUUAAUAUCUCUUCAACUGAAGACAGUGCUGUGAAAUCAGCCUUUGGUGCUCCAAUAUCCUUACUUACUUCCCUACCCUGCAAUCAGAUGCAAGGUAGGAUUUUUAUUUGUCUAUGAAUGGGAUGACCUGCAUCUAGGUGCACAAGCACCAACAGAAUUUAUAUUAUGAUAGAAUGGUUUAGUGUUAUAAGAGGAUUUAGCUGAUGCCUCUUAGUCAGAAAUUGGAUGAGCCUCUUGUUACAAUUGAGAUUGCUGACUCCAGCACAAUGCAGCAGGCAGUCGAUCCUCUCGCUACCACCAGCACGCCCACGGCAGAGCCCGUCAAUGGCGCUCCGCCUGAUGAGCCGGCUCGGCGGCAGGGGCGGAUGACCAAUCAGCUGCAAUUUCUACAAAAGAAUGUGAUGAAGGCAGUAUGGAAACAUCAGUUUGCAUGGCCUUUCCACCAACCAGUAGAUGCAAAAAAAUUAAACCUUCCUGACUAUCAUAAGAUAAUUAAAAAGCCCAUGGAUUUAGGAACAAUAAAGAAGAGGCUUGAGUCCAAUUAUUACUAUUCAGCUCAGGAAUGUAUUCAAGAUUUCAACACCAUGUUCACCAAUUGCUAUGUGUACAACAAACCCGGCGAGGAUGUUGUAGUCAUGGCACAAACUUUGGAGAAGUUGUUUCUGAACCGGAUAGCGCAAAUGGAUAAGGAAGAAAAAGAAAUUGAGGCACCAUCGAAGGGUGGGAAGGGUGGAGUGAAGAAACGCGGCACGUCGACGCCAGGCGCAGUGGGCGCAGUGGCCGGGGCCGGGGCGGCGGGC